AUGUACCCCCAAAUUAUUCUCGUGGGAAUUCUCCCACUCGUACAAUGUCUUAGUCUUUCCUCUGGAUCUUCAUCCGCGGUUACGACUCCAAUCUACUUGGCUACUCCUUCCCUAACUCAGAGUAGCUCUAUAAUUGUCUCAUCUACUACUAGCAUCUCAGCUCACAGCUGGUUCUCACCUAUUUCCUCGGGGUUGAGCUCGCUUUCCAGUAUAUCAAACCAUCCGCCAACUACUUCCGCAACUUCAGUGAUAGAAAUCACUGCUGCGACAUCUGCGACGAGCGGUAGCUCUUCAGCCAGCUCUUCGAGUGCAUGCCCAACUCUGGUAGCGAGAAAUGACGAAGAUGAUGACGCUGCUCUUCUAGCUGCUAUGGCCUACUGGGAGUCUGUAUUCAACAAUACAGACUACCUUUCACUUGACGACACAAUCAUUCAAGCAAUACAAUUAGCCAAUAGUGCCGACGGUUACGAUCCAGAUAUGCCUACUCCAGAUUCCCCUCCGACAAAUCCAGAUACCCCUCCAACUAACCCAAAUUACCCCAUAAUUCCCGAUCCUUGUCCACCUACUCCACCCAAGAAACGGCAUAGAAGUGCAGCUGAAAAGUUUGUAAGCUUGAUCCUUUACAUGUACCAGACCAUAUGGACAAAGAAAGCUGAUGUGAGUGCGUAUAGUUGGAUUGGCUUAAGAAACACGCGGGACCAGGAAUUGGAAUUCAUUGGGAAUGGCGAUUUUAAGACAAGAACUGGUGUGCUGCGAUCUGGAUGUUUCAACGGUAGCGCGAGACGGAAGCAAGGGGAAGUUUGGGUGCUUGGCAUUACUUACAGAUCUUUGGCCAUGGGUAGUAUAAGAGUAGAUCGCAUUGCAUAA